CGAAAUCUGGGCGUAAAAUGAAAGGGAGGGACUACUCUAACUCCUCUAAGGGAGACCGUUCCAUCGAAUUGAUUAGUCCGUAAGAGCUACCGGUAAUAAACCUGCCUGCAGCAUGUGCGAGGGACCGAUUGACCGAUCGGCCACCAUGUUCAGCGACCAAACGAACGCCGACCCUCCUUUUCCGCCUAGUAUCGUACUGCACAAUUAGCCCCAACUGUCCGCCAUGGUUCCUGAACUUCAUGAUCGUGAAUGACUUAUUAUGAGAUUCUCGCGAGUGUGAUCUGAUUCUUCUUGCUGUUUCUCGCCGUGGAGGGUCCCCGACUGUGCCACCGAAAUCUCACAGCAUCAUUACCAACCCAUCAUGGUCGUGCCGCGCCCGAUCCGGCUCCUGACGUUAAUAUCCGCUUUCCUCUUCCUCUGGCUGGUGUACCAGAUCUUCAAAAGCGAUCUUCCACAUGGUUCCCCCCCCAAGGAAGAGAAGAUAACGAACUGGGUGAAAGACCCCAAUCUGGACCCAACUGACGAGCCACCGGAACCGCUACGAAGAGUCAUAGGCAACAACUAUGCGCCGAAUAACCCCGACUCCUCCCGCGUCAACGCGACCCUGAUGGCGCUGGUGCGGAACAACGAGAUCGACGCGAUGCUGCAGAGCAUGAGGGAUCUGGAACGGACGUGGAACUCCAAGUUCAACUACCCCUGGCUAUUUCUCAAUGACGAGCCGUUCACAGACGAGUUCAAGGAGAAGACGAGUGCGGCAACGAGGGCGGAGGUGCGAUAUGAACUCGUCCCCAAAGAGCACUGGGACAUGCCCAGCUGGAUCAACCGUGACCUCUACGACGAAUCCGUCGAGGUGCUCAAAGCGCAAGGCGUGCAAUACAUGGACCGCUUCUCCUACCAUCAAAUGUGUCGUUGGAACAGUGGCUUCUUCUACAAGCACCCAGCGCUCCUCAGCACGAAGUACUACUGGCGCGUGGAGCCCAAUGUGCGCUUCUUCUGCGACGUCGACUACGAUGUCUUCGGCUGGAUGCAGGACCACAACAAGACAUACGGCUACACGAUCAACCUGUACGACAGCCCGGAGAGCGUGGCGGGGCUGUGGCCAGCGACGGAGAAGUUCCUGGCGGUCCACAAGGAGCAUCUGCAUCCGAACAAUGCCAUCCAGUGGCUGACGGACAAGGAGGGGCGGCCGGAGAACUUCGAGAAGGCGCAUGGAUAUUCGACGUGUCAUUUUUGGUCGAACUUUGAGAUCGGCGAUAUGGAUUUCUGGCGGAGCGAGGCGUAUGAGAAGUAUUUCAACCAUCUAGAUCGCGCGGGCGGGUUCUGGUAUGAGCGGUGGGGGGACGCGCCGGUGCAUUCGAUCGCGCUGGGGCUGUUUGAAGAUAAGAGCAAGAUUCAUUGGUUCCGGGAUAUCGGAUAUCAACAUGUCCCGUUCCUCCACUGCCCCAACUCAUCCAAGUGCCGAGGGUGCGAGACGGGCAAGUUCACGGACGGCGAGUCGUUCCUCCAGAAGGAAGAUUGCCGGGCGGUAUAUUUCAAACAUGUGGGCAUGCAUUGAGCGGUUCGGUUUCUCGAACGCAGCGCUUGAUUUAGUGAAGAUGGAACGGAGGUUUCGGCAGGAGAUGGGUUAUUGAUUGACGGGUGGGUUUAUUACAUACACGACUUCAGUUGGGAUACCAUUCAUGGUCUGGCGAAAUGGCGCGGGUGCAACUCCAUGUACAGAUUGGUGGCAUUUGGAAUGGCGAGGGGUGCUUUCAUCCAUGUAACCCUAGGUUGAUCAAUCAGUAAAAGUCAUUUCAGCGGAUCCCUUGGGAUAGGGACGAGCGACAUCAUCUUCAUCACAAUCAAGACUCAAGACAGCAG